AGGAACUGCUAAACAAGUUAUAAAGAAUAUUAUCUUAUGCUGGGUAACUGUAGCAGAUGCUGUGGUAUAUUGUUUUAAAAUGAAGUUGACUCAAAGUGAUCUAAAUCAUCUUCAAGAUGUACUUGUAGAAGAACAUCGCAUGUUAAUUGAG